AUGGUUUCAACAAGAGCUAGGUCUACCCAGGUCCGAUUCAACCGUCAGAUGACUGUUGCUCCGAUUCAUGCUGAAGAUACCCCUAAACUCCGUUCUGUGAAAAAAUCUGGGCGUGGAGUGAUUCUGACCUCUGAAAAGCGAUUUCACACCCGUAAAUCUGCUACCUCCGGCGUGAAAAAGCGUUACCAUACUCCGGCAGCUAGCACCAUAAAAACCACACCCAGGACAGCAAACAGCAAGAAACAGUUGGAGAAAUACAAUGCUAUCACGGUACACAGUGGCAAAUUUCUGAACCACCUCAUGGAUCACAAAAUCUAUUAUGAUGGCUAUUCGGAUGUCCAAGGUCAUCCGCCUGCAAAGCCAAGAAAUUGGGACGAGUUGCAGGAGGUUAUAAAGAAACCCCAUCCUUCUCUUUCACCAGAACGCUUUUCCGAUGAGGCUUUUCAAAGGUUCAAACAGAAAGACCUUCGGGCCUUCAACGAGAGGGAUGUCAUUCUCGACUCCCUAUGUAUUAUAGACAUGUUCACCGGCGAUCUCAGGAGUAUCGCGAGGGACUACCUGUUCAAUAAUACUGGGCCCAUUACUGAUGGCUCACUCUGCGACACAAAGCCUGACAUUGUGUAUGGGGCCAUUCCCGAAAGCCUCCGCCUAGGAAUUCGGGACGAGUUAUGCGAUACCAUUGUACCCUCUACUCGAACAGAUCUUCCUAUCUUACCAAAUUUCUUUUUGGAAGCCAAGGGUCCCGACGGAAACCCUGCUAUUGCAAUGCGACAGGCUUGUUAUGACGGGACUGUUGGAGCCCGUGGCAUGCAUUCCUUACAGACUUACAACAAUAAUGAACCAAUCUAUGAUGGAAAUGCUUACACUAUCUCCGGAAUUUAUCACUAUGGCCACUUGAAACUAUAUUGUCAUCAUAUUGCUCCUCCAACCGAGAAAGAUGAAUGCCCUAAACAUAUCAUGACCUCUCUAUGCUCUUACUCUAUGGUAAACGAUCGCGAUGACUUCAUCAGGGGAGCAUCGGCAUACCGCAAUCUCCGUGACUGGGCCAAGGAGAAAAGAGACAUCUUCAUCGCAGCUGCGAACGAAAAAUAUGAGGAAUUGCAGGACCAGGCUGCCCCAAUAGAGUCACAGAACUAUGACGCAAGCUUCGAUACACAAUCGUUCCCUAGCGAUUCUGAGGAGUCUGACCUAGACAACUCUGCAAAAUGA